CCCCCCUUCCCCCCACUUCUCUUACCUAUUGUUCCUUUCUCUUUCCUUCUCCUUCAUUUAUACCCCUACCUUGUUCCUUUCUCCUUCAGAACUCCACUUCUUUCCUUGUCACUUGUCACUCUCCUAUUUCUUCAGUCUUCACCAUGAGCAUACAAUAACCAAAGAAACCAAUUUGUUUCCUAAAACCAAAAACGGCUUUAAAAACUCAUUAUGGCUUCAACAAACUCUCUACCGCCAACAGACCCAUCUUCUUCCACAGAAGACCCAGCUACGAAAGCCGUGAAUAAGCGGUAUGAGGGACUCAUCACGGUUCGAACCAAGGCCACCAAGGGCAAAGGAGCCUGGUAUUGGGCCCACCUGGAACCGAUUCUUGUUCGAAACCCGGACACUAACCUCCCCAAAGCCGUUAAACUCAAGUGUUCCUUGUGCGACGCCGUCUUCUCCGCAUCCAACCCUUCCAGAACGGCUUCCGAGCACUUAAAACGCGGCACUUGCCCCAAUUUCAGCGCCGUUUUGAUACCCAAUUCCUCGCUGUCUCCUUUACCUAUAUCUUCAUUGCCUUCCCCUUCUGUUUCUUAUCAUCAUCAUAAUCAUCGAAAGCGAAGUCCUUCAGCAGCUAUCGUCUCUCCUUUACAAAAUCAAGUAAGUAAUAACAGUAACGAUAAUAAUAACAACUCCUUGGCUAUAGUUGAUUCGACUCGUUUUCUGGGUUACUCGAGCCAUGGUAAUAACAAUAAUGCUGGGUUGACUCAGCAGCACUUGGUUUUAUCUGGUGGGAAAGAAGAUUUAGGUGCCUUAGCAAUGUUGGAAGAUAGUGUUAAGAAGCUUAAGAGUCCUAAAACUUCUCCUGGUCCAGCUUUAAGCAAGGGCCAGGUUGAUUCUGCACUCGAUUUAUUAGCUGAUUGGUUCUAUGAGUCUUGUGGGUCGGUUUCGUUUUCUAGCCUCGAGCACCCAAAGUUUCGGGCUUUCCUUAACCAGGUUGGGAUGCCUGCCGUUUCAAGGAGGGACCUCUUGGGCACGCGGCUUGAUAAUAAGUUUCACGAGGCCGAGAGGGAAUCCGAGGCUAGAAUUAGGGAUGCAAUGUUCAUUCAGGUUGCUUCUGAUGGUUGGAAGAGAAAAAGUUGUUGUUGUUGUUGCAGUAGUUAUGCUAGUAGUAGUAAUAGCAGCUCAGGUUGUGCGGAGGAGAAUUUGGUUCAAUUUAGUGUCAAUCUUCCAAAUGGGAGCAGCGUGUACCAGAAGGUGGUCUUUACCGGUGGAUCAGUGACUUCCAAGUAUGCGGAGGAGGUUUUGAGGGAGACAGUGAUGGGGAUUUGUGGAAGUGGUAUGCAGAAGUGCGUAGGAAUAGUUUCAGAUAAGUAUAAGGCGAAGGCAUUGAGGAAUUUGGAGAUUCAGAAUCAUUGGAUGGUUAAUUUAUCUUGUCAACUUCAAGGGUUUGUUAGUUUGAUAAAGGAUUUUAGCAAAGAGCUUCUCCUUUUCAGGACUGUCACUGAGAAUUCUUUAAAGCUUGCGAAUUUUGUAAAUAAGGACUCGCAAGUUAGAAGCAGCUUUCAAAAGUAUAGGAUGCAGGAGCUUCAGUGUGCUGGGUUGAUAAGGGUUCUUUCCAACAAAUGCGAUUGCAGCAGUAAUAUUGCACAUGUUUUUGCUACGUUGGAGGACAUACUGAGAUGUUCCCGAGUUCUUCAGAUGGUUGUAUUAGACGAUUCUUUCAAGGUGAUUUGUGUUGAGGAUCCAGUGGCAAGGGAAGUGGCCGGGAUUGUCCAAAAUGAGGGGUUUUGGAAUGAUUUGGAGGCAGUUUAUUCACUGGUGAAGUUGAUCAGAGGUAUGGCUCGUGAGAUUGAGGUGGAGAGGCCAUUGAUUGGGCAAUGCCUCCCUCUUUGGGAGGAGUUGAGAGUAAAAGUGAAGGAAUGGUGCACCAAGUUCAACCUUGCUGAAGCACCUGUUGAGAAAAUUGUUGAAAAGAGAUUUAGAAAGAAUUACCACCCUGCAUGGUCGGCUGCGUUUAUACUUGAUCCGCUUUACUUGAGACAAGACACCAGCGGAAAAUAUCUUCCACCAUUCAAAUGCCUGAAUCAUGAGCAGGAGAAGGAUGUUGAUAAGCUCAUAACUCGUUUGGUUACCAGGGAAGAAGCACAUGUUGCACUGAUGGAGCUCAUGAAAUGGAGAUCGGAAGGGUUAGAGCCACUCUAUGCCCAAGCUGUUCAGGUUAAACAGCGAGACCCUGUGACUGGAAAAAUGAAAAUUGCUAAUCCCCAGAGCAGUAGGCUAGUAUGGGAAACUUGUCUUAGUGAAUACAAGUCAUUAGGAAAGAUUGCAGUGAGGCUUAUCUUCCUACAUGCAACGUCAUGUGGGUUUAAAUGUAACUGGUCUCUGAUGAAGUGGAUUUGUGUCCACAGACACUCACGGAUAGGCCUUGAAAGGGCUCAGAAGAUGAUUUUCAUUGCUGCUCAUUCAAAGGUUGGCAGGAGGGAUUUCUCCAAUGAGGAAGAAAAGGAUGCAGAGCUGUUUAUGAUUGGCAGUGAGGAUGAAAUCAUCAAUGAAGUCUUUGCAGAUGCACCAUAAGUAUAUGGGUUUGCUUGGACCAGUUGAGCUUGUGGUGAAACAGAUUUUGAUUUCCACCUUAAUGGGUCAACCUCAGAUGAACUUGGGAGCAUAUCUUUGUUGCCAAAGAGCACUUCUUGCUGAUAUGACUCAACUGUGUAGCCUGGGUUGUCUGCUUUUGCCAAUGUGGAGCCCCACCAUGAGGAGUGGAUGUAUGUCUCAGUGCUUUGGUUGUCAUAAUCAAGGACAAGUAAGGAGCAAGGAGCUUUUUCCCUCUCUCUCUCUGUUUAUCUGUUAGUUUUUUAUUGGGCAGGCUUAAUCCCAUCAUCUUUGGUUGUAUAGUCAAGGAAAAGUAGGAGUAAGGGGCUUUUUCCCUCUCUCUGUUUAUCUGUUAGUUUUUUAUUGGUUUUGGCAGGCUUAAUCCCAUCAUCUUCGGUAGCUUGUCUUUUAAACAUUCCAAUUAUAGUGACAUUCUUACUCUCAGACUGGGCCCUUUUUUUCAAACUUUUCAUGUCAAGAUUGAAAGCUGAAUUUUUGCGGGAUUAUUGGUUAGGAUAGCUGCUACAAAGUUUUGAGCAAAGUGGAAGCAAAGAUUUUUGUCGGCUUCAGGAGGCACACAAGAUGGCUGAUUGGGAUAUUGCAACGAUCUUGACCUGAUUUUGCAGGUUCUACAUUUCUGUAAGCAUUUUUGACUAACUCAGAAGGAACUUGGAAGUGAAUUAUGGGACUACAGUUUCUGGCAGGUUUUAAGCAUUCAAAUGUAAUGCAAAUGUCACAUGCAGGUAUAUCCUAUGGUUAUUGUAAAAGUACCAGUAAUAGGUGAAAAGGUUAGUUCAUAAUAAAGCUUAAAUAUAGCUUAUGAGGUAUUUGGUUGGUUAUGACACUAUUUUCCAAUAGUUGCAAAAUUGCCUUAUGCUUUAGUUUGUUAUUAUUCUUUCACUCUUCAUGAUACACCCUUGAUUGGCAAUCCCAGAAAACUUUCUGCAGUUCAUCUUUUGACAGGAAACUCUAUAAAAUAUUUUGAACUUGGCACCAGAUGAAGGGCAUGCCCUCUUGCUCGCUCUUCAGGCAUUUGCUUUAGAUUUGUCUACUGACCUUAGCAUGUAUUCAGCAUGUUAUAACAAAAUGUUGAAAUUACUUCUUUUGGGUCAACUAAAGUCAGCGGACAGCGGCAGAGUAAGUGUAGAUUUCUUCACCCUUUUUGUCUUGCUACAUUAAUUUGGGGAGGGACGGGGGACCUGUCGGCAAGGCCAAGUAAUGCUGACUGCUCACCAACUCGAAAGGAGGUUUUUUCACCCGUAUGGUAUGCCUUAUUCAUUCCACUAAUUUUCUUUGUUAAAGGGGGAAGAAAGGUAUAAUCAUUAGUAUAGGACAGGACCCUCUUUCCUACAAGAAUCUUGACACUCUCAAUGCUACUCCAUGAUCAACAUUCUUUCUUAUAUCAUCUUUUUCCCUCACUUUUUCACUUAUACAGCCUUGAUUAUUUUUGGAUGUGAAGCUGACCCAUGUGAUUGUAAUGUAAGACAUGUGAGAGGAUGUUGAUUUGGAUUGCCAUUGGUAUGAUUAUUCAUUGCUUUCUGGCGCUUCCUCUUUCCCGUAAUCUUCUCUGUAAGGUCUUAUUGUCAAUGAAUGCUAUUAUGGAAGCCUACUUUUUCUACCUAAAAUGUAAAAAGUAAAAACAAUUCAAUAGCAUAGAGUGCAAAUAGGUCAGAAAUCUAAUAAGAACAUGAUGGUUCCCAUUAAUUGCAUCUAUAAGAUGAAAAGAGUGGAAAAUUUUGUGGGUACACUUUUGAUUGAUCUUGUGAGAGGAUUUGGAGAAUCGGGUUUUAUUUUAUACCAAAGAUUGAUAAUAUAUAAAAAAA